AUGAUGACUAUGCUUCCGUGUCUCCUUUUUCUUGCUGGACUCCCUGCAGUCCUCGCCCACGUAGGAGGCCAUUGCCCGCCAGCAGGCCCGGUCCUACCGCCGCCGGAACUAUCUGCAAGACUCGACCUGUCCAAACUCGAUUCUCAGCUCGACAGUAUCGUGAGAAACGCCUCGAGGUCCUUCAAUGCCACCGAAAACUCAUUCUCUAUACUACUUACUUCCAGAAAUGCCACUGUAUACCAGUACCAUCACACGGCUGCGGUCCGGGACCCGUCCGGCGUCAAGAAGGUGGAUGGCGAUACAGUAUAUCGGCUCUGUAGCGUUACGAAAUUGUUCAAUGUGUUGACGGUGUUGUUGAAUGCGGGGGAUCUUUUGGACACGUGUAUUACCAAGUAUGUUCCCGAAUUGGCGGGAGACCAAGUGUACGAGGGUAUUACGUUGAGGAUGCUGAGCAGCCAGGUGUCUGGGUUACCGAGAAGUGGUGAUGCAUUUGACCUGGCCAGUACAGACGCCAAGAGCUGGGAAGAUGACGGCUUUCCGGUUCCCCCCAAGGGGGAUAUGCCACCGUGCGACGUGGUCGGAGGAGAAGUGUGUAAUCGUGCUCAGUUCUUUGAGAAUCUCAAGAGCAACCAGUUGAUUUGGCUGCCCGGGGCCAAGACGGCGUAUUCGAACCAGGCGUACACCCUUCUGGGGAUGGCUAUGCAGAAUAUAACGGGAAAGACAUUCGCUCAACUCCUACGGGAUAGCGUCACGACGCCCCUUGGCAUGUCACUCACUGGGCUGAACACGCCCGAUAAUUCACGGGGCAUCAUUCCGAAUGGGGCAGGCAAAGUCCUUUGGGACCAGGACAUGGGGAAUUACAAUGCGACCGCCGGCCUUUUCUCGACUCCCAAUGAGCUGGGCAAGUUUGUCCGCGGCAUCAUGAACCACGAGCUUCUGUCUGCCGCGAACACAAGAGAGUGGAUGCGCCCAGCUAGCUUCGCUGGCUCAUACUCCAUGUCUGUUGGCGCGCCAUGGGAAAUCUUCCGCGUUGCCCAUCUCACGCCUGAUCAGCGACCCAUUGACAUCUACACCAAGUCGGGUAGCAUGCCCGGCUGGGGGACAUACGUAUUUUUUGUCCCCGACUACAAUGUCGGAGGCGCCAUUGCUGUUUCUGGAGAUGAUGGAGAUGCGGCUAGUUUGGCACUGCUUGAUAUGGUUGCCGCUACAUUCGUUCCGGCUGUCGACUCUCUUGCACGACAGCAAGCCAAAGCAGCUUACACGGGACAAUAUGGUGCAUCGUCCAACGACAAUAAACCCAUGAAUGAAACAGCCCAUCUCGAGCUAGUCAUUGACCAGGGGCCGGGAUUGAAGGUCAAGUCAUGGUUCAACAACGGAAAAUCCAUAAUCAAGGCCAUCGCAGAUCACAAGGGAGUCAAGCCGGAGGGGACGGAUCUUCGACUUUACCCAAUUGGUGAGAAUAACAGAUGGCAACUGAGCGUUGAGACGCUGAAGCGACGGGUUGACGUAGCUAGGAAGCCGAGUGACGCUUGUUCGAAUUGGUUUCAAACCGAUUCCAUGCGCUGGGCGACGCUGCCGGUUGAUGAGUUCGACUUUGAGGUCACCAAUGGACGGGUAGUUGGGGUUCGGAACCUGGGCUUGAGAGCAAAUCUCAGCAAGAUCCACUAG